UCGGCUCCUCCUCCGCGCCGGGCCCGGAGGCCGCGGCCUUUCCUGGCAGCUCGUCCGUCCCAGGACGAGGACCCAGUGGAGGAGGAAGCGCGGGGGGCCGGGCGGCUCCCGGCGGCGGCGCCGCCCGCAUGGAGCCCAAUGUGCGCUUCUGGAUCGCCGAAUGCCAAUCUUUUAUUCAAAGAUUUCUUCAGUGGACAGAAUUAUUGGAUCCUACAAAUUUGGUCGUUUCACUUGAAAAAAUAGAAGAAUCAAGGCAGCUAUUGUUAGCAAAUGAGGAUGCAUCCAGAGGUGACUUGGAGGACAAAAGGAUACAAGAAGCUUGGAAGAGGAGCCUCUCAACAGUGCAUCCUGACAGUGGCAAGCUGAUCCCUGGUCCUUUUCGACCUGCAGCCUUCCUGCCUUUCACGGCGCCCUUGGUAUUUCUGUCAAUGCUGCCAGUAAAAAGUCUAAAGUCCAUGAUUUUACCUCAGGCUUCCUUCUACACCUACAGUACAGUCUUCAGCAUCGUUAAUGGAAAUGCAAGUUACGAUUGUCGCCCCCAUGAGAGUAUGUUACUAGGGGCAGGAGUGAUCACUUCUUCCACCUUUUUUGGAUUAUUCCCUCGUUUGCUCCAAGUAAAGUUUUCACUGAAUAGUGUUUUGAGCAGAAACGUCAUUCCUGUCGUCAUUCUUGCCCAACUCAGUGGAAUGAAUGUGAUUGCAUCCCGAAGUUUGGAGCCCAUGAGAGGCAUUGAGGUCAUGGACAAGGAAGGCAAUGUCAUAGGCUAUUCCAGAAAAGCUGGGACAAAGGCUGUUAAAGAUACAGCGACAUCCAGAAUUGUGCUGUUUGGGACCUCAGCUUUUAUCCCUGAAGUCUUCUCAUACUUUUUUAAAAGGACCCAGUUUUUCCUGCAGUGUCCAUCGUCACUGUGGACCCUAAAGCUUUCUUGUACUGUCCUUGUCAUGGGACUCAUGGUGCCAGUUUCUUUUAGUGUAUUCCCACCGAUUGGACGGAUACAGUACAGUGAACUUGAAAAGGAAAUUCAGUCUGCAACAGAAGAAACAGAACUCUUCUAUAACAGAGGGGUAUAGGGGUGAGUUUUAGAUGAAUUUGUUUGGUACCUGCCUGAAAACCUUCCUUCAAGGUUUCAGUUUGGGCAACCCUGCCAGAAGUGUCCUGGAAACCUCAGAGGUGUCUGCGCCAACAUGAUGGCUUCCAGUUACACAUGCCAAGAGGCUGGUCAUGCCUAGGAUUAACCACCUUGGAUGGAAGAAGAGAAAUGGGGGCUGUCCUGUCUGACACGGGGUUGCUGAAGGGAUGCGCGAUAUAAGAUUCAGUUUCCUAUUUGUUUGUCAGCCUAUAAAAGGAUACUGUGAAAUUACCAAUAAACUUGUCUAAAGUUGAGUAUUUGAAAACUAAGGAGAAAGGCCCACCAUGUCCACGGUACAGGCAUUAAACUGAUGGCCCACCUCAAGGUACACGUGUGGGGAGCCAGUGAAGGCCUCCAACCCCCAAAGCAAUUGUGUUUCCCUUCUAAGUUUAUACUAUUUGGACAGCUACUUAAAAUCUUUGCCAGCUGUUACCCAGCUCCUUCUUUCUCACUGGCAAGUGACCCUGUCUCUUCCUCCGCAGUGAAAGCCAAGGCUAUUGGCCUCCU